CCUAAUAAUCUCCGCCACCACUCCUAAAACCUUUACUGUCGUUGUCGUCGUGAAGAAAGCCGUUGUCCUCUUCAACGAAACUCUAAUGUCAAAGGUUUUGUGCGAUGAACACAAUUUUACGAAGAACAAUCAACCAACGGCUUGUCUAGUACUUACACUCAUAUCCUCUUCGAUCUUAAGUGUCAAGUAUCGGAAGCUGAAAGGAAUGACAAAGGCCAUAAUUUUUAAUGAAAUUGAUAAGGCUACUUUGCUAAUCAGGAACAAAAGAUGCAUCCCUACGAUAGAAAUUGUGUAUCGGAAUGGUUUCAGCGUUGGAAUUGGAAUUGCAAGUUUGGAAUAAGGGAUUUUAAAGACUAGGAUUACAUUAUUAACAUAUUCUUUCAGAAUGCAUCAACAUAUUCUCUCAGAAUAUAUUAUACA